AUGGUCCUAUGGCGGAAAGAGAAGCAAGAAGAAAGUGCAUGUGAGAUCAAUUUACUGCAGCAAAAAAGAAUUCAGGAGCUGCCCCUCCUUCGCUAUGUGCAGGGGAAUCACACAAACGCUCUAAGGAAGCUGCUGGCUUUGAAGACCACUAACCUACUGCAAAGAGGUGCUGUCGGAGAGACUGCGCUACAUCUUGCUGUCCUCCACGAUAACCUGGAGUCUGUAAGGAUUCUACUGGAACGUGCACCAGAGCUCGUCAAUCAGCCCAUGACGUCUGACCUCUACAAAGGUCAGACAGCGCUGCACAUAGCUGUCAUGCGUCAGAAUCUGGCAGUUGCACAAGAGCUGAUACGGAAUGGUGCCAACGUGGCCAUGGCACGGGCAGUGGGAACGUACUUCCAGCUCAAGCCCAACUCCUUCUAUUACGGAGAGCACAUUCUUUCCUUUGCUGCCUGCGUGGGGAAUGCUGAGCUGGUCCGACUGUUACUGCAACAUGGAGCCGAUGCAGAGGACAAAGAUUCUCACGGAAACACCGUCCUCCACAUUCUGGCCUUACAACCAAACAAAAUGUCUGCCUGUCAGAUCUAUGACCUCAUCCUGGGAUAUCAUAAGGAGAAAUUUGGGCCAGGCUUAGAAGAGAUAAAUAAUGAUAAUGGACUGACCCCACUGAAGAUGGCUGCACUGGAAGGUAACACAGUGAUGUUCCAGCACAUUGUACAGAAGAGGAGGCAACUGCAGUGGACAUUUGGCCCUAUUAGCUGCUACCUUUAUGACCUGACGGAGAUCGAUACAUGGGGGGAUCCCAAAUCUGUACUGGAUCUGGUGGUCUCUGCAAAGAAAAGAGAGGCCCGUCGAAUUUUGGAUCUCUCCCCAGUCAAUCAAUUGGUCAACAGAAAAUGGCAGAGGUUCGGUCGGCCGUAUUUCUGGACGUUGUCCGCACUCUACGUCCUUUAUAUGAUCUGUGUCUCGCUUUGCUGUGCCAACCGGCCCCUGAAGCCAAGAACGGACAACAUAACCAAUCCAAGGGACAUUACAAUCCUGGUCCAAGUACCCUUAGGUGAAGCGUACCUGACUUCUGGAGACCACCUUCGUCUGGCAGGAGAGAUCCUUAGUGUUAUCGGAGCAAUUAUAAUUUUACUAUUCAAGAUUCCGGACCUGUUUCAGAUAAGAGAGCCAAAGUACCUAGCACAAGCCGUUCAAGGAGGACCGUUCACACUUAUCAUAAUCCUCUUCCCCUGUCUUGUGCUUGUGACCCUCAUUCUCCGAAUGACAAACACAGAUGGAGAGGUGGUGCCUAUGUCCAUAUUACUUGUGCUGGGCUGGUGCUACGUCAUGUAUUUUGCACGUGGAUUCCAAAUGCUUGGACCAUUCACCAUCAUGAUCCAUAAGAUGAUUUUUGGAGACUUGUUACGGUUCUGCUGGCUGAUGGUCGUGGUCAUUUUUGGAUUUGCAACUGCAUUUUACAUCAUAUUCCAGACAGAAGACCCCAGCCAGUUAGGACAUUUCUACAACUACUUAAUGUCUCUCUUCAGUACCUUCGAGCUGUUCCUCAAUGUCAUCAACUCCCCUACCAACUAUGCCGUGGACCUUCCGUAUAUUUUCCACGUUGUAUAUUUUGCCUUCACCAUCAUUGCCAACCUCCUGAUGUUGAAUCUGCUGAUCGCCAUGAUGGGGGACACUCAUUGGAGGGUGGCACAGGACAGGGAUGAGCUGUGGAGGGCUCAGGUUGCUGCCACCACAGUGAUGUUGGAGCGAAAACUCCCAAGAAGCCUUUGGCCUCGAUCAGGCGUUUGUGGCACAGAAUAUGGCUUAGGAGACCAUUGGUACUUACGGGUUGUGGUAAGAAAGGACCUCAGUCAGCAGAAGAUCCGUCGUUAUGUCGAAGCAUUCCAAGGACCAGAGGAAAACCAUCACUUGGACAAGCACUUAUCAAAUGGCUUAAAGCUAGACCAAACUUUAAAGCCAGGUCUGCCUAAAGUAAUGGUGACUGAAGUGGACACCCAUGAACCACCAAGAACUUCACAUGAGGCACUAAGGACUUCUCAGACAGCAAAUGGGUUACUACAUGAGGACGCAGCCAGGACACAAAGUGCUCCACAUAUGACUCACUUGGACAUACCACGUGUAUACAUGGAACCAUCUAGUUCAGGACUUCAGUGUUUAGGACGUGAAGUGCCAGUGGUUAGGAAGGCCAGUGGACGUGGCUGGAAAAUCUUAAGGUCAGUUCCCGUAAAACGAUUACAGGGGCACACUUCCCAAAACAUCCAGGGUGAUGAUGACGAGGAGGAAAUACACCAUGUUUGA